AUGUCUAUUACUGGCGUGCAGUUAGUGACGCGAAGCAAGACUGUUGUAAGACGCGGGUUAAAUGGUCUUAGAACAGUCGAUAAUAAUCUUCAGUGGCUUGCACAAGUCUCUUUUGGAUCACCAGCACAACAAUUUGAACUAUUAAUUGACACUGGAUCAUCGAACGUGCUCGUCACUUCAACGGAGUGUAGUCGUCCAGAAUGUCGCACAAAAUCACCCAGGUCUUAUGAUCUUGCAAACUCGUAUCGGUUCGGUCGUACUUAUAGUAUGAUGUUUGCUGGUGGAACUUCUCUUGUGAAUGAGUUGGUUAAGGAUGUUGUCACAUUGGGUGAACAUCAAAUCAAAAGCCAAAUUUUCGGGGCAACUUCUGAAAUUCAAAAUUCCGACAUUGACUUCGAUGGUAUUUUGGGUCUUGGUUUCAAAACAAUUAUACAACCUUCAGAUGCAGGUAUUAAUACUGUUCUUGAUGCAAUGUUCGAUCAAAAAUUGGCAAGUAUUUUCUUUAUCAUUCAUAUCAAGAUCACGGAAAAGUUAUUCGCCGUAAAAUUCAUUAAACAAGAACUAGGUGGCGGAGGUGAAUUAACCUUCGGCAGAUACAAUAAAUCCAUAAUCCUUGGAGAUGUUAUCUGGGUAAACAACACCGAUAAAUACUUUUGGACAGCAAUUUUAGAUGAUAUAUACGUUGAUGAUAUAGACUUGGAAGUCGGCGGUCCAUUUAUUUUCGAUACCGGUGCAACUUACAUAUAUGCACCUUGUUCAAUAGUCGAGCUUAUUUAUGACUCGAUACCUGGAUCCCAAUUGUUUGUAGAUGGAACUUGGGUAUUACCAUGUAACCAUACCGAUAAUAAAUACGAUGUAAAAUUGCUAUUCAAGGAUCAUAAUUUCACUAUUCCAAUACAAGAUUUCAUACAAGAACCAGUAAACGCGACUGGCCUACCAGAUGACAUAGACCCGACUGGUCUCUGCCUUGGUGGUGCUCAACAAAGUGAUUCGGAUUAUAUAAUUGGUGCUAUUUUCUUCAAGCUCUUCUACGUUAUUUUUGAUUUAGAUAAAAAUAGGAUUGGUUUGGCUUAUCGGGAAGACGUUCAUGGUUCAGAUUCAUAUUAA